GCGAGCGUCCGUUACCGGGAGGAAGAGGGCGAGCGUCCUGCACGAGGACAGCGGGGUGUUUCCUCCUGCAGGACGACAAAGAGUCAAACACACCGGGACACUCCCGCAGCGACUCACUGAUCAUCGUCAUGUCUCUGCAGUGUCUCUUUAAAUGUGUGUUUCCUGCUGACCGUUACAUUUAGAUUUGAUGUGAAUCACCAUGGCGACAGAGCCAGGUGAGCCACAGGAGGCCCAACCCAAAGAGGCGGAGUCUUUCCCUGAAGCUGCUGCCCACUCCACACCCAAACAGGGUGGCGAGGGUGUGCCAACCCAGAGCCAAGCGCAGAACUCAUUGGCCGAGGACUCGACUAGUCACCUGUCAUCGAGCAGUCGGAUUGCUCGCUCUCCGGCCAGAAAUCCAUUGAGCUUCAGGACAAUGCAGGCUAGAGUGACCCUGCUGGACGGCUCACUCUUCACCUGUACUGUAGAGAAGCGAGCUCGUGGUCUGCAGCUGUUUGAGAAGGUCUGUGAACACAUCAACCUGCUGGAGAGAGACUACUUCGCUUUGUCCUUCAGAGACGCCGACAACAACAAGAACUGGUUGGAUCCAUCAAAAGAGAUGAAGAAGCAGGUCAGAGGUGUUCCCUGGAACUUUUCCUUUAAUGUAAAGUUUUAUACUCCUGACCCUGCCCAGCUGUCUGAGGACAUCACCAGGUACUUCCUGUGUCUGCAGCUUAGACAGGAUAUAGUUUCUGGUCGUCUUCCUUGUUCAUUUGCGACCCAUACCGUCCUUGGCUCCUACACCGUCCAAUCAGAGCUUGGAGACUAUGACCCUGAUGAGUGUGGUUCAGAUUACGUCAGUGAACUUUGUUUUGCUCCGAAUCAGACCAAAGAAAUUGAGGAGAAGAUCAUGGAGCUGCACAAAACCUACAGAGGAAUGACACCAGCAGAAGCAGAGAUGCACUUCCUAGAAAACGUAAAGAAGCUUUCCAUGUACGGAGUCGACCUUCAUCAUGCAAAGAUGGUAGGAAGCCGCUUUGAUUGCUUGUCUCCAGCUCAGUCAGAGGACUCGGAGGGUGUGGCUAUCAUGCUGGGUGUGUGCAGUAGUGGUCUGCUGGUCUACAGGGACAGGCUGCGGAUCAACAGAUUCUCGUGGCCGAAGAUCCUGAAGAUUUCGUACAAAAGAAACAACUUCUACAUUAAGAUCCGACCUGGAGAGUUUGACCAGUUUGAGUCUACGAUUGGUUUCAAGCUGUUGAACCACAGAGCAGCCAAGAGACUGUGGAAGGUGUGUGUGGAGCAUCACUCCUUCUUCAGGCUGGUGUCUCCUGAGGAACUUCCUAAGAAGUUUCUAUCUCUGGGUUCAAAGUUUCGUUACAGCGGUCGGACUCAGAUUCAGAGUCGCAGAGCCAGUGCACAGAUCUCGAGACCUGCACCACAUUUCCCACGAUGUAUCAGCAAGAGGAACAUACUGAGCCGCAGCCUGGACGGAGGCUCACGGACCACACCCACACCCUCUCUGAUUGGCUCUCCAGCCAUCACAGCUUCCCCCAAAGCCAAUGGUGGCACACAUACAGAUAUGGGCUCGGGGCUGUACGCAGCGUCUAAAGCCAUCGCUGUCAGUGACCUCAUCAGCACAGCCACUCCUGAGAGGAGGACAGAGGAGAGGAAGGAGGAGCAAGAUGAGGAGGUGCUGAUGGUGCAGGAGGUGUUGGAGGUGGAUAAAGAGGAAGUGCAGGUGGAAGAAGAGGAGGAGACCAGAGUGACAGACAUUUCUCAGCAGAGCCCUCCGACUCCUCAGAAACAGGACACCAAGACAGAGCUAACUGAUACAGCUGUGGACGGAGACCUGACGGCCACUGAGUCUGAUCAGGAUGAAGAUUUGAAAACUCAGGAGAUGUUGGCGAGUCCUGAGGAGGAGCAGAAACCUCAGAGCACCAUCAGCGCUCUCAGACGCUCCUUCUUAGAGGCAGGAGGAGAAGGGGGGGUGACAGAGUGGGAGAAACGUCUGGCAGCCUCACCUCUAUGUCGGGUUGACGACUCCCCAAUGAUCGAACCUCUGGAGCCAGACGAGCCUCUCCCCUUGGACAGCAGCUCAGCAGAGGAGGGCGGGGUCAUAACAAACCAAGCUCCCCCUCAACCAAUCAGAGAGAAGAGCUACACUGUGGGACGGAGCUACGACACCACCUCGGGCAGGAUUGUCACCAUGACGACCAAGGACGAUAACUCUCACAUUACCAUGACGGGUAUUGAGAUGGGCAGGCAGGUUCGAGUCAUCCCACUUUCCACUGCUGAUGAUGUCAUCACAGAGGGACCGCUGAUUACGAUUCGUGAGGUGAAGACGCCGACCUCACCAUUGGACCCAGCUCCUGAUCUCUGUGGUGUCAUCAGUGAUGUUGUCAGUGCAACCAGUGAAGGCGGUGCCAGAUGGCUGGACCGCCAAGGGGGCGGAGCUUGCGUGAUGUUACCUCUGACACCCCUCCUUGGUCCUAAAUCACCUGUGGAUAAGCUGAACCUAAGCCCUGCCCCCAUCAGGAAGUCACCCUCCAUGGCCAGAGUGCCUAAACCUACAUUUGAUGAAAUGUCUCCUGAACUGACGGCUCUGCUGAAGUCGGCCAGAGAACAAAAAACCUUCAACGAACACAACCUGCUGAAGACUUCAGAGAAGGUGGAGACAGUCUUCUUGAUGACAGAGUCACAUGACCAGGACCAGCUAAUGGCGGACCAGCCUCAGGAGGUCCCAGUGAUGAGGAAGACUCUCACAUAUGAAGCUCCAGGGAGCCGAGUGGACUCUGAUCCUCCUGCAGGUCUACUGCUGAGCUCCCAGACCUUUACUGCAGAGACCUCCAACACAACCACCACCACACACAUCACCAAGAUGGUGAAAGGAGGAAUCUCUGAGACCAGGAUCGAGAAAAGAAUCGUCAUUUCUGGAGACACAGAAAUUGACCACGACCAGGCUCUGGCAGCGGCACUCAGUGAGGCGCGGCGGCAGCAUCCUGAGCUGUCUGUCACACGAGUCGUCGUCCAUAAAGAAACUGAAGUCUCUCCUGAUCAUGUGAUAGAUUAGUGACAUCACAGGACUGAAGCCUCUGCAGUAUUAUUGGAGUUGAAGUUCAGACUACGGUGCCAACAACGACACUGUUUGCAGCAGAAACACACACACAUUCACACGCAUGCAUGUACACUUGUAUACACCGUCUCUCUCUCUCUCUCUCUCUCUCUCUCUCUCUCUCUCUCUCUCUCUCUCUCUCACUCACACACACACACACACACAAAGUGCCUGUCUGUCUCACAGUUGCUGGGUUAGCUUCAGUUAGCAUUAGCUCAGUAGUAUGAUUUGAUUUAGUUGAAAGCUUCAUGACAAAGAACGACUUCGGUAUGUAGAAGAAUAAAAUACAUAACACAGACAAGUGAGAGACAGACAGGAGUGAUGCUUUGAUGUCAUCAACAUGUUCCCAUAGCAACCAGGCAACCAGAGCUGGUUGAACUGUCCCCACAAAUUAACUUUACUGCAUUUACCUUAUAAACAACCCUACCAAAACACACACCUGCCUCCCUGACAGGUUAAAGGAGGCAUCUGAUUGGCUGGUCAACUCAGGUGUGUUUACUCCUGAUUAUAUGGAAGAUCACAGCUUUAUGAAACAUUCAGCAAACAGUUUGCGUCACACCCCACUCUUACAUGCCUCACCUGCGAGGAACUGGAUCUUUUAUUCUGACAUUCUGAUGCAAACCAUUUCCUGUUUGAAAUGUAAAAUAGCAUGAAUGCUAGCACUGUAACCGCUCACUGUUUAUCAGCUAAAAUUCAGCUCUGUAUUUACCCAUAAUGCAAUAGUAAUGUGCCAUUAUCUCAUCACGCCAUAGAAACCCCUUUUAUGAAUUAUUUUUCUCAUCUGUCUAUGCAUUUAUUUAUUUAUUGAUAUUACACCUGGUGUCAGGUUACGCACUGACCACUCCCCCUUGGUGUUGUAUUACAGACUGACCACUCCCUUUAGUGUCAUAUUACAAAGUAGCCGUUCCCCCAGUGUCAGGGUUACACAAACCAUGUUUUACAUAAUUUAUGCUGAACACUCUGAAUGUCUUUACCACUGAACUAGAAUAAAGUGAUAAACAACCA